AUGGUUGGUCCUGUUGGUGCAUCGGCUUUGUACAGUUCGAAUGGUCCUAAGCCUGUGUGGUUAAUGGAAAUUGCUGUCAUUGGUGCAGUUUUUGCAUCAUGGUUUGUGUUCUACAAAAGAAUGGUACCUUUAAAGGUACCGGAUCCUGAACAGAAAUGCUCUGUGAGUACGAUCUCUAGUACGACGAAUUCUGUAACCUCAACGCCGGUUUCUACGCCAGAGAGGAUACGAAAGAUGUAAAAUUUAAAAUUCGGUUUUUUAUGGCCAGUCUAAAGAUACUUUUAAAAAACACUUUAAGGCAAUAUAAUGUUUUGUCCUCUAAUAUUCUAUUAUAUAAUAAUAACAUUUAAAUAGUUUUUAAUUUUUUCUUUCAAAUUUAACAUUUUAAGCUCUUAUGAUCUUUCUUAAAACCUAAACACGUCGAAAGCACGGGUACUUUUUGUGCUAUAAAUGAAUACACGUUGUAUUACUAUUAAAUCUUCUCAUCUCUAGUCAAGUUUUACAUUGUUAAGCAAUGAUUUUUUAAAUUUUUUUAGAUUUUUAUGUUAAUUGAUAUUUUUUUCUUGGUUUUUAACUAUAUUGCUGUUAUACAUAUUGAUUAUGUAGUUCCCACUAUACGAUUGUUAAUAAACAUGACGAACUUGAUUGUCAAUUUCUUAGUAUAAAAUUUUUAGUAUCUAUAGAAAUUUAAAUAGUAAAGCCCCAUCCUUAAUUUAAAGUAAAUAUUUUUUCAGUAUCUUAACUUUAUUUUACUAAUUUUGCGAUAAUACUGUAAAUUUUUUGAUCUAUGCACCAUGUAUAGACAUGACAAUAUGAAUGUUUAUUUUGUGACUAACAAGAUGGAUCAAUUCGAGGUCAGAGUAACGUUGUUUGACAUUUAAAAGUUUACUGUGAAAAAAUAACGUCUACGCAAUUGAAAUGUAAACAACCUUUUUUCAACUCUAAUCUUAGUAACUGUCUUUUGUAUAGUAGACUACUGUCAGUAGUACAGCUUUUUUAUAAAUUUUUAAAAAGUGACACACGAUAGGACUACUGUGAAAGUUAUAAUUAAAAAAUGGCUAAAAAUAGGCGACUAUUUAAAAAAACAUUCUAUAAAUUCAAAAAAAUUCAAAAUAUUUUCAAAAGUUAUUACUACGCAACCCUUACCAAUUUAUAACGCAUCGAAAUAAAUAAGGUUGACAUGGUGUCAUAGUGCUUUUUCAAUGUAUUCGUUUAAAUUUUCUACCCAUUCCGGCUUUUUUACCUUUCAAUAACAUUACCUAUUUGACUUCAAAAAAUGGGGUUUUACAUGAUAACUUUACUUUUUUGCCUUAUACCUAUAAAUGAAAGUGUAAAGUGUUUGACAGAACAUAUUGUACAACCAGAGGAGACGUGUUCAAGUAUUAAAAACAAGUAUAAUAUAAGAGACGAGGAUUUUAGCAGAAUCAAUGAAGAAAUCGAUUGCGAGAGUUUGGAAGUAAGUUUAAUAUCUUUAGUUAUAAAACUUUGAUAAUAACUUGAAAUUUCAGUUUUGUAUCUUUACUUGCAGUUAAUGUCAAAGGGUCAUACAUUUAAAUUUAAAAUUUUGCAAUUUUUUAGGCGGGUGCAACAAUUUGCGUAAAAGAAAAGUUACUUUUGACAACGACACCUAUUCCUACUACAACCCGUGAAGCUGACAAAAAGAACCUACUGGAAACAUUGAUUAGUGGAGUUUUUGGAGAGGAACGACAAGUUGGAGAAGCUCCAACGCCUUUGCUUUAUCAUCCCUUCCCUGACUAUGGUAGCGAUUAA